ACUUGCAUUAAAACGUCAUCUAACUUCUAGAGCAAUGCAACUUGCAAAAUCACUACCUCUUUUGCGUCCUGCCCACAAGCAGCUCCAGCCAAUCACACGAGCCCUCUUGUAUUUGCAAUGCAACCCGAUGACAUAAAUAGCGUCGACAAGAGUGGAAAGGUAUGAUUCUAAUUCCUAACGGAGAACAAAAAUCAUAAUCCGACAACAUGGUUGUUUGGACCGACCAGGAGCGUGCCUGCAUCCAGGACAUUUUCAGCAAGCUGAAUUAUGAGGACGCUGGCCCCAAAGCUUUGCAGAGGGCCUUGAUUGUGUAUCCUUGGACUCAGCGGUACUUCGCAAGUUUUGGAAACCUGUACAAUGCAGAGGCCAUCAUGUCCAAUCCAAAGGUGGCAGCCCACGGGGUUGUUGUGCUCCACGGGCUUGACAGAGCCAUGAAAAACAUGGAUGAUAUCAAGAACACCUAUGCCGAACUGAGUGUGCUGCACUCCGAGAAACUCCAUGUGGAUCCUGACAACUUCAGGCUGUUGGCUGAUUGCCUGACCAUCGUGAUUGCGGCGACUAUGGGUACCUCUUUCACAGCUGAUGUGCAGGCUGCCUGGCAGAAGUUCCUCGCUGUUGUGGUCUCUGCUCUGCGCAGACAGUAUCAUUAAAACCUCUAACAUGGGGGAAAGCAUUGUUUGUUCUCUAACACAAUAAAGAGGAUUGAUACGCACCUGA